GAUUUAUUGCAGGGUCAUUUGCUUAUGACUGUUCGUAAUGAUUUACAUCCGGGUUGGUUUGACGUCGGCCGUUAGAAAAGAUCCAUUUUCGAUUUUCGAUCUUCUUCGUCACCGUCUCAUUUAUUUAUUUGUUCUGUGUGGGGGUUCACGUUUACUUCUAUCUUGUGUUGUUGGUGGCAUUGGAUGAUCCUCCACACCUCGAGCUGCACAUUGACAAAGACUAAACGUGAACGGGGAGGGGCUAGUUCGUUAGCAUUGGACGAUUGGCUACUUAGCUAGCUAGCUAGGAGUGUGCAAGUUGCCUCUACAGGAACCCACUACAGUACGAACACACGCAAAAUGAAGAUUCCCGUCACUCGCAAGCCCGCUCGGUCGCUGUCUCCGAUGGCGGUGAAGCAGGCCGACAAAAUGCUGCAAGAUCGCAUCUCCGCCUAUGAGAAAAAGAAAGAGGCUCGUUUGACCGAGAAGGAACGAGAGUUGAAGCGCAAAGAGGAAGAGAGGAAGCGGCGGGAUGAAGAAUGGAAAAAGAGUCACAAUGUCAAGAAGGAAUUGGCUCCUGCCAAUGUAGUCAGUCAAGUGCCUUCCCACAAAAAGCCGGCUCGUGCCGCACGAUCCCUCUCUCCCACUCGGGCUGCCCCCAUCAAGAAGAAUGUUGGUGAAGCCCGCCAAGAUGCCGCUGCAUUGGGAGCUGCCGCUCGAGCUCGUGCCAAACAAGAUGAAGCCGAGCGCAAGAUUCGGGUAGAAAAGGAAAAUCGUGUCAAAGCACAAACCCACACAGCCCAUCAAAAAGUUGUCACGGCCCGCAUGAACCGGUGGAAAGAGCUUCAGGUCAAACGACUUGCCGAAGCGGCAAAACGAGCCAAAGCGUUCGGCCAUGGACCACCUCCGGAACGGGUGCCCAAAAUGAGUGCCCUGUUGGCCAUGGGAGGUCCCGAAGCAGAAGACUACAAGAAAAAGCAAGAGGCCGCAAAAUUGGCCGUGUGGAAAUCCCAUCUCAGAGACAAGUGGGAAAUUGUCCGGACCAGUUUUGAUGGCAUGUCCAGUUUUGAAGAGAAAAAGGAAAUUAAAAUCAACACAUUCACCACCGAUGAGGAAGCCAUUCAGGAAUUCAAACACAAUCCCGAAAAAUAUCUGGCCAUGCAUUUUCACCCUCUACAACCCGAACCCAAAGACUACCAUUUUAUUCUACGUCCAGGCACGGUUGGAUAUCAACCCCUCGAUGUCAAAAACGAUGGCACAGGACAACGUGUCAUUUGGCGACACAUUUAUCGUCGACUCAAGCCCUUUCCCGACAAUCUCUUGCCCGUAAGGUCUUGUGACAAGUACACGGAUAACAUGACAUUUCUGCACCGAAAACUCCAUUCGACCUCGUCCAAGCGCAUGCCGCUGCUGCCCGGUCGUGGCAUGGGACUGGGCGAUGAAGCCAAUAUGGAUAUGAUUGGGGCCCAAGGAGCAUUUCCGGAUCAUGUGCGUCAAGGAGCAUGCGUGGGAGAUUGUUGGUUGCUCUCGGCCAUUGCCUGUCUUGCGGAUUUCGAUUGGGCCAUCCAGCGGCUCUUUCGAAAGUCAAAGCCAGGCACAAUCAAGGAUAAACCAACCGAUGAACCCAAUCAGUACACAGUGACACUGUGGGAUUUGAAAACAUGGAAAGAAGUGGACAUUGUCGUGGAUGAACGACUGCCAGUGCGUGAUGAUGGAACUGGCUACUUGUUAGGUGCCAAACCUUCCAAGGAUGGCAAGUUCUGGGUCUGUUACCUAGAAAAGGCCGUUGCGAUGCAUUGUGGGGGCUACGAUAAAAUUGUUGGCGGCAACCCCACGGAUGCCUGGCCCAUGUUGACGGGUUCCCGAAACCAAUUUGUCAUCCAAAAGGUACGAGGUACCAGCAAGUACUGGUGCGGUGCAAAGUACAAUCCAGAGGACCAAAAGUGGUCUCCACACAGCAAUUCGCCACAUGACUCUUCUUCCAUGCUAUGGAAAGUCAGCUGGCCCAAGGCUGGGGGUGGCGGGGAUGGAGAUCUCACGGAAGAUGAAUUGUUCCAGAGAAUCAUUACCUGGGAUGAACACAAUUUCUUGAUUGGGGCUGCCACAGCGGGUACCUCAGAUAGGAAUACUACUGAUGGCAUUGUCGACAAUCAUGCCUACAGCAUCAUUGACAGUCGACAAAACAUCUGUGGGACGGGCAUCGAUCUACUGCUGAUCCGAAACCCAUGGGGCGAAGGUGGUGAACUCCAGAAUGGGCAAUUCAUGAGAUCGGGUCCGGGAUGGGGCAAGUACCCCAACAUCAAAAAUGAGCUGAAUCCGUCCUUGGAAGAUAACGGGCUCUGCUGGGUGACCAAACAGGAAUUCUUCCGCUACUUUCCAAGCGUCUACGUCUGUACUCUCAACAUGACACGAAUCAAAGACAGCAACUAUGUGAACGAUCUGGAGGAUGACUUUGUCAAGAAACCAAAGGCAACAGCUCCCAAGCCAAAACCCAAGCCGGCGCCUGUGUCUCCCAAGAAAAAGACCAUUAUCCGGCAUGCUCCCCAACAGGAAAAAUGGUCUCCUCAUGCCAUCGACACAUCAUCGGAUCCCAACUCUACCCACAAGAUUGUUGUCACCACGUUCAAUGGUGGCUAUUCUUUUUCGGACAUCAACAAGAAGGAUGUGGCAGGAACAGCGAUCCAGAAGGGUGUGGAUGAGUUCCGAGCCAAUCCGGACAAGUACGUGUCCAUGGUGUACCAGAACAGCAUGGUGGAGGAGGGCUGGCCCGUCGACAAGCACCGGUACACAUUGUUUUUGCGUGCUGGAACGGAGGAUCUGGAUGUGAAUGCCGCUCCUGGUGGUAAGAAAACCUUGUUGACCAACGUUCGUCGGUAACGGUCGAUGGAUUGCAUGUGAGGCAAGUCAUGGUGAAAAUAGACAAACGAGCGAACGUACGAACACCCGAAAAAACGUGGAGAAAAAACGAAAGCAGGGAUAUUAUGAUGGCGGGAUGGAUUCCCCAUCAUUCGGUAGCUGGAGCUUUAUUAAACGUAGUAAACGGAAAAGGUUGUAUGAGUUGU